CGCCACGCCACAGCGAAACUUUCUCUUUGCAAUGCAGCCUAUACCCACCCACUCCUCCGCACCUUGGAAAUCAAUAAGAAGCUGCGUGCAAGUUCCCCUUCCUGUAAAGUCACCAAUCCAUCCCACCAGUUAGGGAAGAGGAGCUUCGGUAGAAACGACGUUCUUGAAGCCGGGAAAGGAGCUACCAAACCGGGGGAGAAAAGAAAGUGGAUAGGAGCAUCGGAUGAUCGAAGCUCUGCUGGCCGCCCUUUGACGACUUAUCCCCCGCUUUGACUGCUGUUGCUGUGAGGCUCAUGUACUGGAAAAAUGAAGUUUUGUCUCCUCUUUCAGAGGGCAACACAAUUUUGUCCACCACGAAACAGGUGAUCUCCAGUGAAGGUCAAAGUGUUGCGGGCAGCAUCGUGGAAUCCAAACACACGCAAAUGUCUCAGUCGGACGCGGAGUCCCAACGGUCGAACAUGGAGCGGGACGACACACGCUCGUCCCCGAGCACGCCGUCCACGCCGUCCGUGUGCUCCCCCACUUCCACCGCCAGCUCCGUGCCCUCCACCGGGAAGAACGUGUGCGCCAGCUGCGGCCUGGAGAUCCUGGACCGAUACCUGCUCAAGGUGAACAAUCUUAUUUGGCACGUGCGCUGCCUGGAAUGUUCGGUGUGCCGGACGUCGUUACGUCAGCACAGUAGCUGCUACAUCAAAAACAAGGAGAUCUUCUGUAAAAUGGAUUAUUUCAGUAGGUUUGGUACGAAGUGCGCUCGCUGUGGCCGUCAGAUCUACGCCAGCGACUGGGUGCGGCGCGCCAGAGGGAACGCGUACCACCUGGCGUGCUUCGCGUGCUACUCGUGCAAGAGGCAGCUGUCCACGGGGGAAGAGUUCGGUCUGGUGGAGGAAAAGGUGCUGUGCAGGAUCCACUAUGACACCAUGGUGGAGAACCUCAAGCGAGCCGCGGAGAGUGGCAACGGUAUCACAUUAGAGGGAGCGGUUCCAACGGAACAAGAGAAUCAGCCCAAGCCAGCCAAAAGGGCACGGACGUCCUUCACUGCUGAGCAGCUGCAGAUCAUGCAGGCCCAGUUCGCCCAGGAUAACAACCCAGAUGCUCAAACGCUACAAAAACUAGCCGACAUGACAGGUCUCAGCAGGCGAGUUAUACAGGUGUGGUUUCAAAACUGCAGAGCAAGACACAAAAAGCACACACCCCAGCACAGCGGGGGCCCCCAGGGCCACCCUCAGUCCAGGAUACCCUCGUCCUUGCCGGAUGAUCUUCACUACUCGCCCUUCGGCAGCCCCGACCGGGCGCGCAUGGUCGCACUACACGGUUACAUCGACAGUCACCCCUUCUCCGUUCUGACCUCCCAGAGUCUCCCCCAUCAGGCCAUGUCGCUUCCCCAGCUGCCCCUCAGCCGCUAGCACUCCGCAACUACUUUGACCUGGGAGGACUCGCUCAAACCUGGCAUCCCAACUCUUGACCUCCAAUCACUGACGCCCUCAGAACAACCGUGAGGUCGAGCGGGUGUCAAUCCAGAGGACAAACAACUCUUGAGUUUUUCUGUGGAUUCCACCUAAAAGUGUAUGGUGGGUUUUUUUGUGUUAGCAUCACAGCAUCAUACAACUGGAAUCAUUCCGAGAGUUGAAGUGACCCAAGAAGAAAGACUGAAGUCUGGUUUGAAUGGGGGAUUUAUCACAGCGGCUUAACGGUAAGGGGAUGUGGUCAGCGAGACAUUGGAAAUCCAGCAAAAUGAGAAUCCCUCACCGUACAUAAUGACUCACGGUCGGCAACAAAACCCUGUUGUGUUGGAAGGCCUCAUUCACAAUUGCAGAUUAUGGCGACGGUUUCAAUGCCUAAAAAUGAAGGACAACCACAAAGCACAAGGUUUGAUGAGUACUUCCUAAAUUUCAGGUUUCCUUAAACAGACUGCAUACUGCUCACUAAUCUUUCUUAACAAAAGAAAUAAAAUAAUGUCGUUGUUUGCUUGGAGUGAAACAGUAUUGGUACAAAAUGGACAAAAAUGAAACAUGCUAGUAAGAUGUGACUUUUUCUGUGUGUGUGUGUGUGUGUGUGUGUGUGUGUGUGUUGGGGAAGGACUUUGCAUCAUGUACUUAAGCGCCACGGCCAUCAUUGUAAAGACGCAGAUCCAACGUGAACCUCAACGUCCUUGUAUUUAUUGAGAUGGAAAAAUCCCUGUAAAGCACUUUUUUCUUUGAAUUUUGUAAAAUGAAAUGGGGAGGAAAAAAAAACAAUGAAAAGAGACACAAAUGUUUAUUUGAUAAGA